ACUAACUUCAACCUUCCAAUUCUAGUUGCAAUUAUAUUUCUGCGGUUCCCUCGUUGAACUUUGAAAAUGGUCACGAACCUAUAAGGUCCUAAAGAUGUCAUGACCUUUCUUUCCAGUUUCUAUCACACUUAAGCAUACCCAGUUUCCAACAUGUCCCGUCUCCCGUCUCGAUCGGCCUGCGCCGGAUUACGGAGCAUUAGAGCUCCUCGGCCCAUCCAGACAGCUUCACCAUGGGUCGCAUUCUCGGGGAAUACACGAUUGUACGCCACGGAAAAGACUAAGAAAAGUAUGGAGCGUUCAUUUCAAGGCCAGAUGCUGGAGAGCGUAACGUCGCGAAUAGCAAGAGAAAGGGCAGAGCGUCAAAAAUUUGCAGAUCAACAACAAGUGUCUUUAGGGUCAAGACGGUGGGCUACGACAUUUAUCGUGCUUGCUUCCGCUGGCGUCUCGUACUUUAUAGGCACAAAAUCCGCUCGCGACCCUGACCCAUCUUCAACCAGCCCACUGGGCCUCGUACGGGAUCCCAAGUAUAAGAACGACAAGCCCAACCUUGAAGCUGCUUGGGCCGACUUCGCUGCCAUUGUCGGAAGAGAAAAUGUCAGCACCGUCGAGGAGGAUCUUAACACGCAUGCCAACUCCGACUGGUCGAGCUACCGCAGCAAUGAGUUGGAGAAAUCUUUCAUGGUCGUCUAUCCAGGCUCGACGGAAGAAGUGAGCGAGAUUAUGAAGGUCUGCCACAGACGACGUAUACCCGUGGUUGGCUACAGCGGUGGUACCAGCUUAGAAGGACACUUCACGCCAACCCGGGGAGGCAUCUGCGUCGAUUUCAGGAGAAUGGACAAGAUCAUCGCACUACAUAAGGAUGACUUGGACGUGGUUGUACAACCGGCUGUUGGAUGGGAGCGGCUUAACGAAGAAAUUGGCCACCAAAAUCUUUUCUUCCCGCCUGACCCAGGCCCAGGUGCGCAAAUAGGAGGCAUGAUCGGCACUGGAUGCAGUGGUACCAACGCAUAUCGCUAUGGCACAAUGAGAGAAUGGGUUCUCUCUCUGACAGUCGUUCUUGCCGAUGGUACCGUUAUCAAGACUCGACAACGUCCGCGGAAGAGCUCUGCUGGUUACGAUUUGACAAAGCUCUUCAUUGGUAGCGAAGGCACCCUUGGACUCAUCACCGAGGCCACUUUAAAGCUUACCACGAAACCUGUUAGCACAAGCGUGGCAGUCUGCGGCUUCGGCACUAUCCGACAAGCUGCAGACUGUGUUGCUAGAGUCGUCGGCGAAGGCAUCCCCGUCGCUGCGGUCGAAAUUCUCGACGAGGAGCAAAUGAAGUGCAUAAACCAAGCUGGCAUGACUUCGAAACAAUGGAAGGAGGUUCCCACACUAUUCUUCAAGUUUUCCGGCACGGAACGAGGUGUAAAAGAACAGAUUUCACUUGUCCAGGGGAUGGCUAAACUAGCUGGUAGCAAGAGCUUCGAGUUCGCCCGAUCCGAGACGGAGAAGGCCGAACUAUGGAGUGCGCGUAAAGAGGCCUUGUGGAGUACCAUGUCGGUGGCCAAGCCUGGCGACAGGGUAUGGACCGGUGAUGUGGCUGUACCGAUGAGCCAGUUGCCGCUACUUAUUGAGGAGACCAAGGAUGACAUGAAGAAGAGUGGCAUGUAUGGCACUAUUGUCGGACAUGUUGGCGACGGAAACUUCCACAUCAUUUUGCUCUCUAAUGAAGAGCAGAGGCCCGCCGCCGAGGAGCUUGUGCAUCGUAUGGUGAAGAGGGCUGUUGAGUUAGAAGGGACCGUGACAGGUGAACAUGGAGUCGGUCUAGUGAAGAGAGAUUAUCUGCCCCACGAACUCGGCGAGAGCACUGUCGAUACUAUGAGAAAGAUCAAGUUAGCCCUCGACCCGCUUUGCCUACUAAACGCUGACAAAGUUAUCCGGGUGCAAAGGCCCAAGCCGGGUGAGGUUGCUGAGUGGUGAUUGUUGUUAUUCUGAUAUCCAUGGAGGGGGAUUUGAAAAUGUGAAAAAGCAAGGUUUUAUGACUGAUGUUGCUAUACCGUUUAUGCUUUAUGUAUACCAUGGUGUACUGUGCUGUGCUGCGCGUGGAAUCGGAAUGUUAAAAGUUCACUUGCAAAUCGUGGUUUACUGUAAAUGCUUGAAGACCUGUCUGGCCUUAGUACGGUACAUACGUGAGUAUCUAUGGAUAGCCGGACUCAUUGCUGCAACAUCGUAUCAUAGGUAUCCAUGAGUGCCGUUGAAAUGACUCCCCUUCUCUUCUA